AUGCUCCCUCUCCUCCUCGUCCUCCUCACCGGAGCUGCCCCUACGGUGUCAGCUUCCGGGGACGGUUGCCGCGUCGGCUGCCCUCUGGCCCUCGCCGCGUACUACUUCUCGGAUGAGUCCAACCUCACCUUCAUCGCCUCCAUCUUCGGCAUCGCCGACUACACCAAGCUGCUCCCCUACAACCCCGACAUCGCGGACCCGAACUACAUCGUCACCGGGUACCGCGUCAGCGUCCCGUUUCCUUGCUCCUGCCUCGGGCUCCCCGCUGACCCAGCCUCCACCUUCCUCGCUGGGUCGUUCUCCUACACGCUCACCGGCGGCGGCGAGACGUACGGCGACGUUGCCUCGCAAUUCGCCAACCUCACCACCGCCUCGUGGCUGGCGGCCACCAACGCGCACCCGGCGGGUAAGCUGCCCGCCGCUGGGAAGAUCAAUGUCACCGUGAACUGCUCCUGCGGCGACAAGAGGGUGUCGCGGCGGUACGGGCUGUUCCUCACCUAUCCGCUCUGGGAAGGGGAAACGUUCUCCUCGGUGGCGGAGCACUACGGGUUCUCGUCUCGUGCGCAGCUGGAGCUGCUCAGGAGGUUUAACCCUGGUAUGGACGGGGCCUCCGGGAAGGGGAUCGUGUUUAUCCCAGUGAAAGAUGCAGACAGUAAUUACCGCCCUCUGGAAUCAGGUGCUGGCACACUUCUACACUUUUGUGAGAUAUGCUUCUAUAUUAAGGCUAUCAAACAUCGACAAGCAAAGUUGAAUGGCAAGGCUUCACAAGCUGAGGGCAUGAAGGUCGACAGAUCCAUAGAGUUCUCAUAUGAAGAGCUUUCCGAUGCUACAAACAAUUUUAGUAUGGAGCAUAAAAUUGGGCAAGGUGGUUUUGGCUCUGUUUAUUAUGCUGAGCUUAGAGGCGAGAAAGCUGCCAUAAAGAAAAUGGAUACAAAGGCAUCUCAAGAAUUCCUUGCUGAACUGAAGGUUUUGACACGCGUCCACCACUCGAAUCUGGUGCGCUUGAUUGGUUAUUGUGUUGAGAGUUGCUUGUUCCUUGUUUAUGAAUUUAUUGAGAAUGGAAACCUGAGCCAGCAUCUGCAUGGGACUGGUUAUGAGCCUCUCUCAUGGACCAGUAGAGUGCAAAUCGCCCUUGAUUCAGCAAGGGGUCUAGAGUAUAUUCAUGAGCACACUGUUCCAGUGUAUGUUCAUCGGGAUAUCAAGUCUGCAAAUAUCCUGAUAGACAAAGAUUUUCGAGCAAAGGUUGCAGAUUUUGGAUUGACAAAACUCUCAGAAAUUGGAACUACUGCUACAUCACAGUCACUCCCAUCACGAGUUGUUGGUACAUUUGGUUACAUGCCUCCAGAGUAUGCUCGAUAUGGUGAGGUUUCUCCUAAGGUGGAUGUCUACGCUUUUGGUAUAGUCCUGUAUGAACUUCUUUCAGCCAAAGAAGCUAUUGUGAGAUCAACAGAAUUCACUGAUGCACAUGGCCUGGCUUAUCUGUUUGAGGAGGCUCUCAGCAUGCCAAACCACAAGGAAGCUCUUCAGGAACUGAUGGAUCCAAGGCUAGGAGGUGACUAUCCCAUUGAUUCGGUUGUGAAGAUCGCGUACCUUGCAAAGUCAUGCACGCAUGAAGAGCCCAGGAUGAGGCCUACCAUGAGAUCUGUAGUGGUUGCUCUCAUGGCGCUUUCAUCCAAGGACCAUGAGCUAACUCGGGGACAGGAUUAG